AUGGAUUCUGAGGACAAUGAAAGGGUUUUUCUUUUCAUGCAGGCAGUACUGGCUGCCAUCAUCUAUGUGAACCUGCACGGUAUGAUGAAGCAGUUCCUGGACAUACCUGCUUUGUGGGCGACCAACAAACUAGACAUGGUGAUCUGGGUCAGCACUUUCAUCCUCACUGUGCUGUUCAACCCUGACCUGGGACUCGCCGCCGCCAUCGGCUUCUCGAUGCUGACUGUCAUCUUCAGGACACAGCUACCCAAGUACUCUGCAUUGGGUCAGGUUCCAGACACAGAUCUCUACAGGCCUUUGGAGGACUAUGGUCAGGUGAAAGAGAUUCCUGGUAUUUUGAUCUUCCGUUCGUCUGCAACGCUCUACUUUGCAAAUGCCGAGAUGUAUCAAGAUGCACUGGGAGAGAAGUCUGGCAUUGAUAUCACCAAAAUCCUGUCGGCAAAGAAGAAACUUGAGGCCAAAAGGAAGAAGCAUGAGAAGAAACAAGCCAAACAUGCUGCAAAAAAUGGAGAAACGGAGGAAGCUGAGAUGGAGAACUAUGUAGCCAACAUUCAGGUGGAGGCUGAGCGGGAUCCUGCACUGCCCAGAGCCAUCAUCCUGGACCUCAGUCCUGUCAACUUCUUAGACACUAUGGGGGUCAAGACCUUGCGUGCGAUUGUCAAAGACUACGGGCAAAUUGGUACCUUUGUGGCGCUCGCUUCUUGCCAAAGCGGCGUGGUGGAGAAUCUGCAAACGGGCGGUUUCUUCAACGACAAAGUGACAAAGUCUUGCCUCUUUGCCAGCAUCCAUGACGCCGUGCUUCACUUUCAGGCGGACCUGACGCACAACCACGACGAGGAGGCCCGAGCGACACAUUUUUAAGUGCUGGACAACAUAAAGAAGAAGGUUGCAACGAGACCCAUGGACAGUAAUGAAGUAUGUCCUGCAGACACACAGCAUGAAGGUGGGGCACAUGGCGGAAGGGUUUUACAAGCACUGCAACGCCACUGAAAAAACUUCACCGAGUCAAUCCCAGGUUAGUUUCCAGCAGGAAAUUAGCUGACGGAGACAAAAAGGGCAGGACAGGAAAUGAAUGCAACAUGUGACUGGAGACAGGAAGUGUCUUCAGGAAACAUCUUUGGAAGACAACAAGAAGAAGUCCAUGAUGUUGAAUGCAAAAAAGCUACUAUUUAAAACCAUUAUUACAGUAUUUAUGGCGAUAGUACACAUUGACGUUUUUAGACUUUUUUUUUUUUUACACUGGUCUUUAUUGAUGUUCUCAUUUGUUGGACAGGCUUCAUGUUGUUUAAUGUAACAUAACAUACAACUUGAUACUCAGUUUUCUACAAACCCCGUUUCCAUAUGAGUUGGGAAAUGGUGUUAAAUGUAAAUAUAAACGGAAUACAAUGAUUUGCAAAUCAUUUUCAACCCAUAUUCAGUUGAAUAUGCUACAAAGACAACAUAUUUGAUUUUUUUUUUUUUUGCAAAUAAUCAUUAACUUUAGAAUUUGAUGCCAGCAACACGUGACAAAGAAGUUGGGAAAGGUGGCAAUAAAUACUGAUAAAGUUGAGGAAUGCUCAUCAAACACUUAUUUGGAACAUCCCACAGGUGAACAGGCACAUUGGGAACAGGUGGGUGCCAUGAUUGGGUAUAAAAAGUAGAUUCCAUGAAAUGCUCAGUCAUUCACAAACAAGGAUGGGGCGAGGGUCACCACUUUGUCAACAAAUGCCUGAGCAAAUUGUUGAACAGUUUAAGAAAAACCUUUCUCAACCAGCUAUUGCAAGGAAUUUAGGGAUUUCACCAUCCACGCUCCGUAAUAUCAACAAAGGGUUCAGAGAAUCUGGAGAGAUCACUGCACGUAAGCAGCUAAGCCCGUGACCUUCCAUCCCUCAGGCUGUACUGCAUCAACAAGUGACAUCAGUGUGUAAAGGAUAUCACCACAUGGGCUCAGGAACACUUCAGAAACCCACUGUCAGUAACUACAGUUGGUCGCUACAUCUGUAAGUGCAAGUUAAAACUCUCCUAUGCAAGGCAAAAACCGUUUAUCAACAACACCCAGAAACGCAGUCGCCUUCGCUGGGCCUGAGCUCAUCUAAGAUGGACUGAUACAAAGUGGAAAAGUGUUCUGCGGUCUGACGAGUCCACAUUUCAAAUUGUUUUUGGAAACUGUGGACGUCGUGUCCUCCGGACCAAAGAGGAAAAGAACCAUCCGGACUGUUAUAGGCGCAAAGUGUAAAAGCCAGCAUGUGUGAUGGUAUGGGGGUGUAUUAGUGCCCAAGACAUGGGUAACUUACACAUCUGUGAAGGCACCAUUAAUGCUGAAAGGUACAUACAGGUUUUGGAGCAACAUAUGUUGCCAUCCAAGCAACGUUACCAUGGACGCCCCUGCUUAUUUCAGCAAGACAAUGCCAAGCCACGUGUUACAUCAACGUGGCUUCAUAGUAAAAGAGUGCGGGUACUAGACUGGCCUGCCUGUAGUCCAGACCUGUCUCCCAUUGAAAAUGUGUGAAGCCUAAAAUAGCACAAGGGAGACCCCCGGACUGUUGAACAACUUAAGCUGUACAUCAAGCAAGAAUGGGAAAGAAUUCCACCUGAGAAGCUUCAAAAAUGUGUCUCCUCAGUUCCCAAACCUUUACUGAGUGUUGUUAAAAGGAAAGGCCAUGUAACACAGUGGUGAACAUGCCCUUUCCCAACUACUUUGGCACGUGUUGCAGCCAUGAAAUUCUAAGUUAAUUAUUAUUUGCAAAAAAAAACAAAGUUUAUGAGUUUGAACAUCAAAUAUGUUGUCUUUGUAGCGCAUUCAACUGAAUAUGGCUUGAAAAGGAUUUGCAAAUCAUUGUAUUCCGUUUAUAUUUACAUCUAACACAAUUUCCCAACUCAUAUGGAAACGGGGUUUGUAUUUAGAACUCAGUCAAAUGAUCCAUGUAUAAAUCAAUUGUUUUCUUAUACUAAUAUUACAUUUUAAAUACGUUUUUGACUUCAUGGUGUCAUGACCUGUAGACAGGUCAUGUCUAGUUUGGGUUUUUGGGUUUAAUUCCUGUGUUCUGGAUGUAUAACGUGAUCCAAGACGGCUAAUGCAAGGCACCACGGUUGUUAUUAUUCAGGUUGUUGAAUGUAAUGCCUUUUUGACCGCUCACAUGCAAUCUCAACCCUAACUUCUUUCCCGGAACCUUUUUUUUUAUGUAUUUCUGAUUUCCGUGUUACGUUUUGUCUCUGCAGUUGCACUUCCGUUGUCGUCACAAAAAUACAAUUGUAAGCCUGGGCUGAUAAUCAAUAAAUAGAACAGUAAAUGAAAAUAAACUCGAAUGGAGAGCCAA